UUGUAGAGUACACUAGGUGUUAGUAUAAAGAAAAGUCUGGAAAGCUGUCUAGGUAGCUAGUAGGGAUAACGUUACGCAUCUUGCUGUUUUCAUUUUGCUGGUUCAUUUUAAUAGCUGUAUCUAGUUAUUCAUUUUUCCGCGGACUUAAUUUAAAGGGCGAAUGGGGAGAAGUAGGAGCCGGUCGCCACCAAGAAGAGAAAGACGUCGCUCUCGCUCUGGUUCAAGGGACCGUGAGCGGCGGCGCAGAGAGCGGGAGCGCUCGAGGUCGCGCGACAGAGACAGGCGGAGAAGCCGCUCGCGGUCGCCUCACAGGCGACGCUCCAGGUCACCACGGCGACACCUCUCCACCUCUCUCUCUCCUUCACGGCAGAAGGACAGACGCGAUGAAGAAAAGGAGGGAAAGGAAAAGACCGUGAAGGAACAUGAGAUUUCAGAGGAGGACCUCCAGGGUAAAACGGAGGAUGAGAUUGAGAUGAUGAAGCUCAUGGGCUUCAGCAAUUUUAAUUCCACCAAGGGCAAGAAAACGGACGGUUCUGUCAAUGCACAUGCUAUAAAUGUUUCUCAGAAGAGAAAGUACAGGCAAUACAUGAACAGAAAAGGUGGAUUCAACAGACCUUUGGAUUUUAUUGCCUAAAAGGGGAGGGAUGUUUAUUGCCAAUCUUUAAUAUGCCCUCACUCAAUGACAUUUUUUUCACCUGAAUUGGCAAUGCUUCAUACCUGUUUGCAAAAUGUCUUUGGAUCAGAGUUCUUUUUUGUCUUUAUUUUAUUUUUUAGCCUAUGUCGUUUGUUUUGGCUCUGAAGGGAAUGACUCCUAAGUUGACAGGCAUUUAAUAUUUUAUCCCAUCAUUAAGGUAUAUUUUUGAAAUGUUGAGGGCACUGCUUAUUGUGUUAUGUUGCUGUCUUGUACCUGAUAUGCUUAGUGAAUACUGAAUAAACCAGUUGAAAUAA